CUUGAAUAAAAAACAUACAUAAAUUCAAACAUUUCAAAGGCAUCCUAAUACUUACUAUCCCGUGAUGCUGGUAUUUGUGAAUAGUAAUCUGGAGAGCCAAGCUCCAAAUUACCACAAAAAAAACCCCAAAAAAACUGAAAAAACAGAAGCAUGGUUCUUCGUGCCUGAAUACCAAAGCGGAAUAAACUUAUCCCGACAUAAGUUCUAACAGCGGCAAUUAUUCUUAUUCAGUUAUUCUCGUUCUCCACAAGAGUAGUAGUAGUAGUAGUAGAAUAUAAGUAAUUAAUUCCGAAGAAGUAGUAGUAGUAGUUAGUAGUUAGUAGUUAUUCUCCUCAUCCUCUCCGCAAACUUAUACCAACUGGAAUAAGCAUUUCUUAUUCCCCUCCUCCCGUCCUCUUCUUCUUCUUCUUCUUCUUCCUCUUCCUUUUGAGUUUUCUCUCCGCGGAGCUCCGAGAGCGACGAUCGCGGCCAUGGCGAUGAUCGCGGACGCGUUCAUGAAGAGGAGCAUCGCGGCGCUCGAGGGGUUCGUCGGAGGCGAGCUCUGCGCCGCGCUCGGGGUGCGCGGCGACGCGGAGAGGCUCCUCAGGACGAUGGCGCGGGUCGGGGGAGCUCUCGCGGUCGCGGAGCGGAGGAGGGCCGCGGAUCUCAAGGUCGACGCGUGGGUGGCGGAGGUGAAGGAUCUGCUCUACGAGAUCGACGAUGUCGCCGACCUCUGCGCGAUCGAGGGCGCGAAGAUGCUCGAGGAGAUCCCCUCGACCUCUUCUUCGUCGUCGUCGUCCACAGUACGAUGCUCGUCCUUCGGUUUGUUCUCGUGCUUUAGUUGUAGGAGGUUUCAUCACGAGAUCGGUCUAAGAAUUAGGGAUCUUAAUGAACGAUUGAAGGAGAUUGAUGAGGCUAAAGCUAAAUUGCCUGCUUUGAUGAUGCCAAUUAGCCCUAGUUCUGAAGAAACUGGGGAUAGUUUUCGCCAAAUUCGUUCUCUAGAUGUUAAAUUUAGUGUUGUAGGAACACAGAUUGAGAAGGCUAGUCAUAGUCUUGUGAAUUCGAUGCUCAAAGGCGGCAAAAAGAAAGUUGAAUUGUUUGCGAUCGUCGGGGCGGGCGGGAUCGGCAAGACGACGCUUGCUCGGAAAAUAUACGAUGAUGAACGAAUCGCCGACAAUUUCCCUAUUAGGGUUUGGUUGCGCGUGCCGAUGAGCUUUUCGGAGGUGGAUUUGCUCAAAGAGGUAAUUAGGAGCGCGGGGGGUGAUUGCGGGGAAGUCGAAAGCAAAGAUGAGCUGAUUUCAUGUUUCGCUUCGGUUCUUUCCCGAAGGUUCUUAAUCGUGUUAGACGAUGUUCGGAAUCCAGAUAAAUGGGAGGAUUUGCUGAAGGACUCAUUGAAUGAUGGGGUGGCGAGAGGAAGAAUCUUGAUCACGACAAGAGACGUAAAUGCCGCGCGGAGUAUGAAGGCAGUUGUUCACACUGCUGAGAAAAUGGACACCGAGAACGGUUGGACGUUGCUGCGUAAUGAAGUUUCUGCUGCGGAUAGUGAGGAGGAAGCGAUCAAAAGCGCGAAAGAAGUCGGGAUUAAACUCGUCGAGAAAUGCGACGGCCUUCCUUUGGCGAUCAAGGUCGUCGCGGGAGUAUUACGAUCGAGAGAGAAGCGAAGGAUCGAAUGGGAGAAGGUGCUUAAAAGCGAGAUAUGGUCUACUAAUCAGCUUCAAGAGGAUUUUCCGCAAGCUCUCUAUUUGGCUUAUGAGGAUUUGCCGUCUAAUCUAAAGCAAUGUUUCCUUUAUUGCUCGCUGUAUCCAAGGGAUUAUCCGAUGUUAUCGUCUGAUCUGAUUCAGUGUUGGAUUGCUGAAGGCUUUAUACCGACGCACAACAAUGUGCUGAUGGAAGAUCUUGCUGAAGAGUAUUACAGAGAAUUAGUCGGUAGGAAUCUUCUGCAGCCUGAUCUGAAUAACCUAGACAAAUUAUCAUCCACAAUGCAUGAUGUGAUACGUUUGUUUGCGGAGUUUCUAAUCAGAGAUGAAACUAUUUUCGUCGGUGGGGGGCGACGAUCGAGCAUAAGCCCCUUGACGAAGCCUCGACAUGUGUCAAUUUGCUGCGCAGAGGGAAAUUUGGAGCUUCCUAUUUCAGUCAAACAGCAGAAGAGCUUGAGGACUCUGUUGUUCUUUGAUAGUAUCAAUUUAAGGGCGAUAGAGGAUGCAUUUAUUCAAACGCUCGGUUGUCUACGAGUUUUGGAUCUGAGCAACACUGCGAUCGAAUCUCUACCAAGUUCCAUUGGAGAUCUUGUUCAUUUGAGGUACUUAAAUCUUGACAAGACGAACAUAAAAGAGUUGCCCUUGUUAAUCGGUUCUCUCGUAAAUCUUCAAACUUUGCGUCUCGAGGAUUGCCAGUUUUUGCACACACUUCCUAAAUCCAUCACAGAAUUGUUGGAGCUGAGACGCCUUUGUCUUGCGAGAACUCCGUUGAGCCAUGUACCAAGGGGAAUAGGAAAUUUGAGGCAUAUCAAUUAUCUCUCUGGCCUUGUGAUUGGCCAUGAGAUCAACCAAAAUGAGUACUCGGAGGGUUGCGGCUUGGAGGAGCUGCAGCCUUUAUCUGAGCUGAGAUAUCUGCAGUUGGAGAAGCUGGAGAGAGCUCCCUCGGGGGCUAAAGCUCUUACGAGCAAACCUUUCCUUAAGGAACUCUAUCUGCAUGGCAAAGCACCUGCUGAAGAAGGAGACGAGCCGAUAAACGCGGAGGCGGAAGUUCAACAAAGCGAAAAGAUUUGGAAUCAGAUCUCUCCUCCUCCGACGAUAGAGAAACUUCUGAUUCGGUACUGCAGUGGCGGUCGGUUUCCAAAUUGGAUCAUGGCUUCUUUGGACAAAUCAUUUCCGCAUCUUUCAUACUUGGAGAUCUCCUCUUGUCGAUUUUGCACGCGGUUGCCUCCGCUGGGACUACUGCCCCAGCUGAAAUACCUGCUUGUCUCAGAAGCAGAAGCAGUUAUAGCCGUUGGAGCCGAACUCUUCGGAGCGGAAGCAGAAGCUGCUUUCCCCAAGCUCGAGGUACUAACCAUAAAGCAUAUGACCAAUUGGCAAGAAUGGUCUUUUGGAUUGGAGAAAGAAACUCCUGAUGAUAAAGAAAAGGAAGCACCCAAAUUGUUAUUCCCUUGUCUCAGAUCAUUGGAUAUUCGAUUAUGUCCUAAAUUAAGAGCUCUCCCAAAAGGCCUAGAUCUUGUCCCUAACCUCAAAACCCUUCACAUUGAAGGUGCUCAUAACUUGAUGGAAAUAAGGGAUCUCCCCUCGCUAACCGAUCUCCUCUCCGUCAAGAACAACAAAGGGCUUCUAAGGAUCUCCGGCAUCACCUCCCUCCAGUCUCUUAUCAUCGACGACUGCUCAAAGUUGAAGCACGUCGAUCGCCUGAAUUCCCUGCAGCACUUGAGUUUAGUGUAUCCUCCCUCGACCGAGACUUUCUUCUUCGAGGAAUUGGUCAUCUUUUGGAGCGUGGGCUUCCCCCGCUGGUUAUCGGGACUACUACUCAAGCAGGAGAAUGUCGGUUCUACGGUAAGUCGCAGCGUUCGAAGUUUCGACCUACGGUGUAGCUUACCGCUCCUGCGAAGCUGCCUGGAGGGCGGCAAGAACUGGCAGUUCAUCCGGCAGGUUCCGGAAGUGAGAGCUGCGAGCAGCGAUGGAAAGGCGUUCUUGCGGUAUAGCAAGAGCCCGAGGAAGUACGAGACCAAUGUCGGAUCGGUCGACUGACGAAUCCGAUCCUUUAUACCACCUGGCUGUGUGGGGAUUGUGGAGAUGAGAAGCCCUUUUUCGGAUUUGGAUGCUUCUUGUGUUGUGCUUUGGAAUGGUUUGAUGGCUGUUGCAAAGGUUUGUUUCUAAUUUUUCUUAUACUAUCUGUAUAUCUAAAAAAUGGACGUACAUCUUACACUCUUCAAUCCAAAAGCUUAAACGAUACUUUAAAAUUUUUAAUAUUACAAAAAAAUUGAUUAAGGAAAGUGGGAAAUGUUGGUUCUUGGGUGAAGAAUUGUAAGAUUUAUGAUCCACGCUGAGUUUGUACUACAAAUUAUAUAGUGAAUUGUGUGCGGAUUGCUGUUUGUUCUAUGAACCAAACAAAGAGAUUGUACUAUAAAACCAUUCAGAAUUAUCUUACAAUUGUAUUACCCUU